UGAAUCUUAAACACCGACGGUAUGGAAAAUUUAAUUUUUCCAUCUUAUUACACUUGAUAUCAAAUAGAGGGCAACACUACUAGAGAGCAGAACCACAACCUAUUGGCAUAAUAUUUCAAUUCACAUUCGCAGAUAUCGAUAUAAUUCUUUAAUAUGGACAAACAAUAUUUAAACCGUAAAUGCUGUGUGGUUGGAUGUACAAGUAAUUACCAGAACCUGGAUGAUAUGAAGUACUACUGUUUCCCAGGACGCUCGUGGGAAAAAGAGCGAAAAUUUACAUGGAUUGCCAAUGUGCGAGAAAAUAUCAAUCAAGAUGAUUCCUGGAUGCCAACAAAAAACUCCCGAAUCUGCAACUUACAUUUCGUCGGCGGUGAAAGAUCAAAUGAUCCACGAAAGGAAGGAUACAACCCAACAGUUUUUCCAUCAAGAAAAGUACGCGCAGUCCACUCUACGUCGGAAGAUAGUUCACUUCCACUACCAAAGAAAAGGAAAAUUACGGAAAAUUCCUCGGAACAAGCAAACGAAAUCGAGUUCGAAAUUGAAUACCUCAGUAAUUCUUCAAAUGACGAAGUUUCCGAAAUUUCUUUUCCGCAUGACCCAUUAGAAAAUGUGGCCUCGACUCAAAUACCAGUUGAAAAAAAACAAACUUGUGAACAAUCGACUCAGACUUCUGAUGAUUCUCCUGCAAGUGACCACGAUUACAGUUUAUCAAAUGACAAAAAUGAUGCCAGCUUUUUGACACUCGAGGACAUGAAAGACAACGGAGCAAUGAAACAAUUCGGAGGUGUCACGUCAUCAUUUUUCCAAGUUCUGCUGAACGAUAUUAAGGCGAAUAACAGUAAUGGAAAGUUUAUAAAGAAAGUCUUGAGUGAAAAUCGACUAUUAUUGUUUCUUAUGAGGAUAAAACUGGGGCUGAAUUUUAGAGCGCUCGGGCGGAUUUUCAAAAUCGCUAAUAGAACGACGUCUAGAAUUUUCCACAGCAUUUUAGAGACAUUACUUCCGAGAGCCAAGAAAUUUGUUGAUUGGCCCAACGAAGAAAGAAUGAAGCUGACCAUGUCUCCCGUCUUUAAUCUGCGUCUAAACUGCCGAGUGGUAAUCGAUUUUCUCGAGUAUCGACUGUACACAACUCCGUCGAUUGAACAGCGCGCACUCAGACAUUCCAGUUACGAGGAUUAUUCCGUAGUUAAAUUUUUAGUAGGCAUUGGAACCAAUGGCCAGAUAAUAUUUUUAUCUCAUAGUUAUGACGUUCAAGCCUCUAAUUCUUACAUCGUUGAAGACUGUGGACUUUUAAAUUUUUUAAAAGCUGGGGAUGAAGUUAUUACUCUGAAAGAGUUGCCUGGAAUACAGCCUACAGAAGACCUAAAAAAAAUUAAGUUUACAUUUAUUGCCCUUGACAGAAAUUGUUCAGCGGACGGUAGUAAAAAAAUUGAUUCCUAUACAGAGCUGAUAUUGAUAUUUAUUGACAGAAUAUUGACUAAAAUAAAACAAUAUCAUAUCAUGGAUCACUUGGACACUAAAUCAUUUUCAGAUGUAGAUCAGAUAAUGCUGAUAGUUUGUUUACUUGUAAAUAAAAUUGAAUGAAAAUGAACCAAUUUCGUAUUUUGACUGAAUCUCCGGAUAAAUAAAACUCUGAAUCUAUUGGAUAAUUUUAAUUCUUUGGGGUUUUUAUUAUUCUUUGAGAGUUUGGAGUCUAGAAAAUAUUCGUUCUAGAAAAUAUUCGUUUUAAGAAGAUAAUUUAAAAAUAAUUAUUUUGUUUAUAACUUUAGUCACUGUAUAGAUUCCUAAUUUUAAAAAAUAUGAGUGAUAUUUUUUAUAAAUAAUUUCUAACUGAGUCCAAGAGCUGUGGGGUUGUCUUUAUUCAAAGUCAUGU